AUGGCAUGUUUAGCCUUCGGACGCGCCACGCUGCUGAGCCACCCGUCGUUUGGCAACCGGCAGGCGGAUGACGCCGAGUGGCGGCACCAGCUGACGGUCCAGAAUGACCUGGCACGCAUCACCCAGGAGAAUGCCGUGUUUGAUGCCCUAGCGCAGCAAGUCACCGCCUUUGUCUGCAACCUGGACGAGGCGACGGUGAACUGCGGAGCGGCAGAGCCCCACACCAUCCACAUCAGCAGCAGCAGCGGCAGCGGCAGCAGCGCGGGAGGCAGCUUGAGCAGGAGCAGCAGCAGGGGCACCAGCAGCGGAGGGGCGGGAGAUGGCAGCGGCACCAGGAGCCCCGCGGGCUGCAACAGCAGCGACAGCUCGCCGGCAGCCUUAGCUUCGUCGCACUUCCGGCGCCUGCGAGCAUUCCCACACCGGCGCUCUGGGUUUGGCUGGCGCGACGCCCGUGCUGCCUUUGAGAGUGCCAUGCGGCAGGAAAAUCGCGUAGAGCGCAUGGUGGCGCGCAGCGACCCCGCAGCAGCGGAGAAGCGGCUGCAGCAGCGCCUGCUGGUAGCGAAACUGGAGGCAGUUGCCUUCAAGGGCUGCGCAGCCGCCAACUCGCUGUUUGAUGCGCUGUCGCUGGCGUUGUGGGGCACGGCGGUGUUUGGGCCCACGCUGCGAGCGCUGGGGGUGGGUUACGCGGCCAACCACCCCGAGGAGUACAGCUGCUUCCUGGGGGAUGACUGGGAGUCUUACCUCAGCGGCAUGGCGCAGGCGGGCACCCCCGGCGAUGAGCUCAUGCUGCGGGCGGUGGCCGACCACUUUGGUUUUUCCGUCAACAUCGCCACGUCAGACGCCUUCAUGUGGUUCCAGCGGUAUUCGCCUGCCAAGACGAUGACACACCGGGAGGUGAACCUGGCGUUCCUGGGGCCCAACACGUGGAUGCCAGUCAGGCGGCAGAGCACGAUCACCACACUGAAGUUGAGCCUGAGCGGCGGCAGCGAGUGGCGGCAGGCGCGGGAGACACGGCGCAAGAUGCACCAGCUGGACAUGCACCCUGCUGCCCCUACACUCUGA